ACACACAACUUCUGCCUCCAAAAAUCUAAUCUUAAAGUUUAAAAUAUAUGACUAAUAAUAAAAGAAAAUAAAAAGAUUGCUACAACACUGUGUCUCCUCUCUCCUCCAUUGCCAACAUCAAGAAGAAGUAACAAUGGCUAAAGCUUUCACAAGUUCCACUUUCACAAACCUUCAUAUCCCUUCUUCCUCUAAUUUUCCGCCUAAGCAGAUUUCAGGGCCAAAUCAUGGAUAUUGGCUAUCUAUGAAAGUUAAUGAGAAGAGGGAAAAGAAUCUAAUGAGAGGAAGCUUAUGCGUAAGAAAGGCAUUGCCACAUGAUUUGCCAUUGAUGGCUGUGAUGGUUCAACAAAUUGAAGGGAUGCGUGACAUCAUUACAGAAAAACACGUAUGGCAUCUAAGUGAUAAAGCCAUCAAGAAUGUCUAUAUGUUCUACAUCAUGUUCACUUGUUGGGGAUGUUUGUACUUUGGUUCCGCAAAGGAUCCAUUCUAUGACUCGGAGGAGUACCGUGGAGAUGGAGGUGAUGGAACUGGAUAUUGGGUCUAUGAAACUCAAGAAGAUAUAGAAGAGAAAGCAAGAGCAGAGCUAUGGCGCGAAGAACUUAUCGAAGAAAUUGAACAGAAAGUUGGUGGUUUAAGAGAGCUUGAAGAAGCUGUUAAUAAGUAGAAGAAACCUAACUUGUAGAUCAUAAACAUAUAUACGUAUAUUAUAUAAAUAUUUGAUACCGGUCAUAACCCACUCUUCCAAUUCAUAUAAUAAGUGUUAUUUGUUUCUUUAUUGUGUACUUGUGUUGUGUUCUGAAUCAUUGAAUGAACAUGUUAGGAGCAAUCGUCUUCUUCA